GUUCAGUGCGAGAGAGCUGGCCUUGAAUGGCAUGUAAGUUGAAUUGGUUUUUAUAUUUCUUUAUCUUUAUUUAAGCAAAACUCAAUCUAAAUACGGACUCUGAGUUUCCUUACAUGAAUCCAAAACAAGAUUCGGAACUCCUUUGAGUCCAAACUUGAAACAGAUCACCUCAAGAGUAUUAUCACAUAACCUACUUUGAGAAUACAAUACGCCUAGGUAAAGAGGUCUAUUCCUUAUUUGUCCUAAGAAACGCAGCCUUACAGAUGGAUUUUUUCAAGUUCUCAUUAGAUAAAACAUCUUACGCGAUACGACUCAGGGAAGAGAAUAGUUAGACUCAAACCAAUCCGUGGUGACGUAGUCAUUCGGAUGAAACGGUCCGAUUUAUAGAGCGCCUUUUUAAUUGCCCAUUGCAAGUAUAGUUUGUUUAGGUUUUACUUCGUAAGAUAGUUUUUGAUUGGUUGUGAGAAGUCAUGCUACUUUGUCAGCAACUAAUCAGAAGUUACCUUCGCUGACGCGUUUUUCCCGCGCUUAGCUCUAGCUGCGCGGCCAAUCUGCUUUGAUAUGUGAUUGGUUCAUUAUCCGUAUGCUAUAGUUAGCAGAGUGUCAGAUAAAAAAAAAAACGUUAAAAUCUUCUUUUACAGGAAGAAUUGCACAACGCCUGUGUUAAAGAGGGGAUAAAAGGAAAGCGACUAACAAAGGUAACCUUUUCGUUGUAGCGUACUCAGUUUUUAUCCAUAAAGGAUUUAAAACGGUUUCCUAUAUUUUUGUUGUGCGGUUCAGAAAUGUUCGUGAAGCCACAAGGGCGGGAUUUUCAUUUUCCCUCGGCUCAUUUUCGUUCUUUGUUUUUCUUUUCUCGCAGGCGGUGGAAAGCUUUGCUUGGAACAUCCGGGUGUUAAAAGGCCAGGCGGAAUUACUCUUGAACGCGAAAAGUGAAUGCCAGGAAUAUCUUCGACAGGUGACUUAA